AUGAAGGUUUUCGUCAGCUCGCUGGACGUGCCGAUCGGCUACCUGACCCCGAAAUUCCCUGCCAUUUUCUGGCCCCUAGGAGGCACCCUGCCCCGCUACAAUGAGCUGUUUCUAUAUUACUCCAUAGACAUCUGGAAGUUCACCGUUUACUGGGUGAUCAUUUUCUUCAGCGGAGCGUAUUUUCUCGUUGGCAUGGCUGCGGCACUUUCCAUGAAUCUCCGAGCGUAUCGAGAGCGCCAGAUCGUGGCUUCCAAGAAGAAAGCCGUGGUGGUGCAACUGGUGAUUGUUGCUUUUCUGUACUUGGUGGCUGGAGUUUCACAGGGAUUCAUGCUGGGGGCGAUUAUUGGGCUUCUUCUAGCGGCCAUUUACAGAGCCGGUGCUUUGGCCAUGAGCACGUGGAUCCCUUUCAGUUGGGGGAUGGCAUCCAUCUUGUAUCACAUCUGCUCGUCCUACUCGACGAGUCUGUUGUUGAUAUAG